AUGGAAUCCCCGAACUCGCGUCGCCUGUCUGUAGCGCGACCAACGGACGAGCCGGCCUCCGGUCUCGCAACCGGCUCCACCGUCUCCGCCGCACCUCCCGCCGCCACUGUCGGUAUCUCCGGCGUCGCAUUUAUGGACGGCCCGAUCUCUGCGUCGUUGAAUCGUGGCCGCUCGAAUCCGGGACGUGCGGUGCCGGGCAGCCGGAUAGGGAAAGAAGAAGCCGUCGUGGACCGUAGGGCAGGGAAACGGGCAGCCGAAGAGAUGGGGGAGGAUAGCGAGGAGGAGAGCGAAGGGGAAGCGGAGGAGGGAGCGGACGAGGGAGCGGAGAGAGCGGAGGGAGCGGAGGAAGAAGACGGAGAUGAGGGAGGCGCGACGGCAAAUCAAGCCCGGAAUGGAAGUAGGGGGACGUUGAAGGGGAAGGGAACGGUGAAGGGGACGGGGGAGGGGAAGGGGGAGGCGGAAGGAAAGGGGAAGGCGGGGGGGAAGCAGAAAGGGGGAUCUUCGAGUGAAGCGGAGUUGUGCUCCAUUUGCCUUGACGCCGUUGAUGUGUGCUCCAUCGAACGGUCCACAGCGCGUCUGAAAUGCGGCCACGGCUUCCAUUUAGGUAAGCUGAUCGAAGCUCUCUGUCGACUCUUCUCCCCAGCCUUUUCUCCCACUCGGCUCCGCCUGAAGUCCCCCCGUUUUGUCUCCGCGUUCAAACAUCAAGCGCUGCAUGCAGCGCCUAAACUGCCCCCCUACUGCUCCCCUUCUUUUUCCCCUCCGUUGCCCUCCUUUCUCCCCUCUUCUCCCCACUGCUCCCUGUUCUCUGCUCACCGUCUCUCCCUCCCCUCACCCGACCCUCUGCCCCACAACUCUCCUCCCUUCCCGUCCCAGACUGCAUUGGUUCUGCUUUCAACGCCAAGCGCCGCAUGCAGUGCCCCAACUGCCGCAGCGAGGCUCCUCAAUAGUCCUUCUUUUUCCCCUCUGCUCCCCUUCUCUCCUCCCUUCCCCCCCCCAGACUGCAUUGGUUCUGCAUUCAACGCCAGGCGUUGCAUGCAGUGCCCCAACUGUCGCAGCGAGGAGCCCCACUCUCACCUCUACUCGCGCAUUCUUUCCGUUGUUUCUCCCCCCUCUCCCCACACAGACUGCAUCGACUGCAUUGGCUCCGCCUUCAACGCCAAGCGCCGUAUGCAGUGCCCCAACUGCCGCAGCGAGGAGCACGGCCACUGGCUCCUCCCCUUCCCCCCAUCCGCCUCCGCCCCCUCCCCCCCUCCCCUCCCCGCCUCCUUCUCCGAUCUUGCUGCUGCCGCCGCUGCUGCUCGCGAAUUCCAGGCUACUUUUGAGGGAGGGUUUACUGGUGCAGUAGGGAGGGAGUGGAGGGGAGGGGCAGGCUUGGAGUGGGGGGGAGAAGGGGCGGGGUGGAGGGAAGCAGGGGUGGGGUGGGGGGAAGCAGGGGAGGGCGUAGGCACGGGGUGGAUGCAGAUGGGGGAGGAGAGGGGGGGAGAAGCGGAGUGGUGGUGGGGGGGGGAGCCUGUGGGGGAAGAAUACGCAGAAGAUGACUAUGCUAUAUCGGAGCAUGCUAUAUCGGAACGUGCUAUGGAGGAGGAGUAUGCUAUAUCGGAGCAUGCUAUGGAGGAGGCAUUGGAGGGCGGGCCGAUGGCGCAUGUGCAUGGGGUAGACAUGCCUGACAUGCACCACCCUGGCGAGCGCAACUCUCAUGCUGCAUUCAUAGACUCAUAUAGCGCCUCUUUCCCGCGCCCUCCCCCCUCCGCGCCUCUCUCCGCGCCCUCCCCUCUCCGCGCUCUCCCCGCGCCCUCCCCCCUCCGCGCUCUCUCCGCGCCCUCCCCUCUCCGCGCUCUCCCCGCGCCCUCCCCCCUCCGCGCUCUCUCCGCGCCCUCCCCUCUCCGUGCUCUCUCCGCGCCCUCCCGUACAGAUCGCCAUCACCAGCAGCAGCAGCAGCAGCAGCAGCGGCGGCCGCAUUUGCCCCACCACAUGCACCACCAUCCUGCAUCCGGUGAGUUUGCUGGUUCGAACUCAGGACUGGAGAUGGAGUGGGAGGCCUGGGAGCACGCACACCCUGCCACUAGAUCAUGGUGGCACGAGGGUUUCCCCCCUCCCCGCAUGCAGCAGGAGCCAUUUCCCCCUCCCCGCAUGCAGCAUCAGGAGAUUUUUCCCUCCUCGGGCCUCUAUGGGGAGACCUUUCUGCUUUCCGGCCUGUAUCAGGAGAGUUUUCCUCCUUCCCACCUGGAGCAGCAGGAGGACGGGCGAAGGGUAAGAAUGUGGGAGGGCAGGCCCAUGGGCAGAGGGAUGCAUGAAGAAGAGGCGUUCACAGGCGGCCCUCCCUUUGCCUCCUCUGGUUUCCCCGGCGACUCAAGAGUUCCUCUCGCUUCUACUUCUGCCGUGGGGAGUAAUGGUGGCGGCGCUGGUGCUGCUGGUGUGUCUGCUGGUGGUGCUGCUGCUGCUGCUACUGGUGGUCGUGCAGGUCCAAGGUGGAUGGCACAAGGCCAAGUCGUGGCAUCAUCACCAUCACCAUUGCCAUCAUCGUCGUUGUUUGAGCGCCAGGGAAACGAGUACCGCUGUCUGCUCUGCCCGUCCUCUUCCUCUGCCUCCAUCACCACCGCGCACCUCUCCCUCCUCCCACACCGCCCGCUCUUCCUCGACAUUAUUCGUCUGAGGGAUCACAUGCUGCUCAGCCAUGGGGUCGACCCGCUCCCCGCCCACAUGCCAUUAGCCCUGCUUUGA